UACUAUGUAUAAUACUAUAAUAUAUAGUGAUGCUAAAGUAUACAUAUAUAAUAAUGCUACAAUAUAUAAUAUAUAACUGUAUUAUAUAUAUAAUGUAAUAUACAAUAAUACUAUAAUAUUUAACAUAUAACUAUGUAUUAUAUAUUUAUAUAGUAUGUAUACAAUAAUUGGUAUUCUUUAUAAUACUCUAAUAUCAAUAUUAUAAUUGGUGGCAGGGCCAAGCUCUGGGGGUUUUGCUGCUGCGGGGCCGCGUCUCUGGUAGCAGCAGCGGCACCAGUGGGGCUUUUGGGGUGAUCUGUGCCCGUUUUGGGGGGUGUUUGUGGGGCUCUCAGGGUGAUCUGUGCCCAUUUUUUGGGCUCUCAGGGUGAUCCGUGCCCAUUUUUUGGGCUCUCAGGGUGAUCUGUGCCCAUUUUGGGGUGUUUUUAUCCACACAGAGGAAGUCGAGCAGGGCCAAGGAGAAGAAGCAGCGGCGGCUGGAGGAGCGCGCGGCCAUGGCUGUGGGGUGUUUGUUUGUGGGGCUGUGUGGGGUGUGUUUGUCUGUGGGGCUGUGUGGGGUGUGUUUGUCUGUGGGGCUGUGUGGGGUGUGUUUGUCUCUGGGGCUCUCAGGGUGAUCUGUGCCCAUUUUUUGGGCUCUCAGGGUGAUCUGUGCCUGUUUAUCCACGCAGAGGAAGUCGAGCAGGGCCAAGGAGAAGAAGCAGCGGCGGCUGGAGGAGCGCGCCGCCAUGGCCGUGGGGUGUUGGACUGUGGGGCUGUGUGGGGUGUGUUUGUCUGUGGGGCUGUGUGGGGUGUGUUUGUCUGUGGGGCUCUCAGGGUGAUCUGUGCCCGUUUUGGGGUGUUUUUAUUCACACAGAGGAAGUCGAGCAGGGCCAAGGAGAAGAAGCAGCGGCGGCUGGAGGAGCGCGCGGCCGUGGGGUGUUUGUUUGUGGGGCUGUGUGGGGUGUGUUUGUCUGUGGGGCUCUCAGGAUGAUCUGUGCCCAUUUUGGGGUGUUUUUAUUCACACAGAGGAAGUCGAGCAGGGCCAAGGAGAAGAAGCAGCGGCGGCUGGAGGAACGCGCCGCCAUGGCCGCCGUCUGCGCCCGGGUCGAGGCCGCCAACAAACUCCAAGACCCCCUGGAAGCCUUCCCGGUGUUCAAGAAGUACGACCGCAACGGUCUCAACGUGUCCAUCGAGUGCCGCCGGGCCUGCGCUCUGGAACCUUCCACCCUCGACUGGGCCUUCGAGCUCACCAAGGCCAACAUGCAGACGCUGUGA